GGGUGUGAGAGGAACUGGAGCGCCUUUGCUUUGGUGCACACAAAGCAAAGAAAUCGCCUUUUAUAUGACAAGCUCCACAAGCUAGUUUCUGUCCGCUACAACCUAAAGAUACGUGCUGAAGAAGAUCAAGAGAAAGAGAGAGAUAUAGAUAAAGAGGUUGAUCCAAGUGCAUUGCUGAUAGAUACAACAAUGUUCGAUGAGACGAAUCCAAUAAUGGAGUGGCUGAAUGAGGAUGAAGAUGAUCCAAUUGUGGAUGGAGCUGAUGCGGCCAGUGCUGUUUUUGAGAAAAUAAGGCACCUCAACUCAAGUAGGAAGGAUUCUUAUGUUGGUACAAAGGCUAAUAAGAAGAAAAGAAAGAGGAAUCAUGAUGAGGAGAAUGAGUAUGUCGAAACUGAGAGUGAGGAUGACGACAAUGAGAAUGAAUAUCUUGAUAAUGAGAGUGAGGAUGAUGAUGGUGUGAGUGAGGAUGAUGAGGAUGAUCAACAAUAUCAGCAAGAAACACAAAUGCAAGUGGAAGAAGACACACAAGUACAAGUCGAAAAGGAGACACAAGCAAGCGUUGGCAAUUUGGAGACUCGUAGAUCUGGACGGCUAGUUAGGAAGAAGACCAAGGAAGUCAACAGCCUCUACUGGUAGAUUUGCUGGUCUGAUACUAGCUGGAGCUUGGAGCAUGAUGCUAGUUGGAGGCUUGGAGCAUGGAAACUGGAGCUUUUUCAAUGGAACAUGACCUCCCCGUCCAUGCUUUCAUGGAUUUCUUUUGGAGAUGUUGUUCGUUGUGAUGCUUUGAUGGUUGUCUUUUGCUGUUCGGUGUGAUGCUUUGAUGGCUGUCUUUUGGAGCUGUUUCUAUGUGAACUCCUUUAAAUUCUAUUGUUGGUUGUACUGAAGUAUUUAAAUUUGAACUAUGUGAUGGUUGUGGACUGUAAGUUUAGAACUAAUGUGCGUGAGGGUUAUAUUGGACUGACACUCUUAUUUUAAUCCCUAGAGCUAAUUUGCU